CAGCCUGCGCGGGGAGCUUUUUUGUUAAGGCGGCCACUUCCAUAAUAGGAGUACAGCAAAAUUCUAAGAUACUUUCCAAACUUCCUCAAUCCCCAUUUCUAAACACAUACCCUAGAAACUGUCAUAUUUGUUGCUGAGAUCCUGAACCAUCAUGGCUACCGCAGCGCAGUCCGCCGGUGGCGGUAAUUCCAACGCUACUUUCAGAGAUAAGGAAAAGCCCGUCGCCGUUCGAUCCUCAAAUAUUGUUGCUGCUAGAGCUGUCGCCGAUGCUAUCAGAACUUCGCUGGGUCCCCGAGGAAUGGACAAGAUGAUCAGAAGCGGCAAGGGCGAGACCAUAAUUACGAAUGAUGGAAACACAAUGUUAAAGAGCAUGUCCGUCAUGCACCCGACAGCUAAGAUGCUUGUCAACCUUUCAGCAGCACAAGAUGUCGAGGCAGGAGAUGGUACAACGUCAGUAGUGGUCAUAUGCGGCGCGUUGCUUGGUGCAGCAGACAGAUUACUGUCUAAAGGAAUCCACCCCUCCGUUAUUUCCGAAUCUUUCCAGAGAGCGGCGGCGGCGGCAGUUCAGAUCCUCCACGAUAUGUCUCAACCCAUUUCACUAAACGACACCGCCGCCCUCCUUCAAGCAGCGAAUACAUCCUUGUCCUCCAAGAUUGUUUCUCAGUACUCUGGCUUGUUGGGUCCCAUGGCGGUUAACUCGGUUACCAAGACCAUCGACAUCAAGACAGCAGAUAAUGUUGACCUCAAGAACAUUAGAAUCAUCAAGAAGGUGGGAGGUACGAUAGAAGACAGCGAGUUGGUGGAUGGACUUGUUCUCAACCAGCCUGUCAUCAAAGCAGCUGGUGGGCCUGUGAGAAUGGAGAAAGCCAAGAUCGGUCUGAUCCAAUUUCAACUAAGUCCCCCGAAGCCAGAUAUGGAGAAUACUAUCCAGGUCAACGACUACCGUCAAAUGGACAAAAUCGUCAAGGAGGAGCGUCUUUACCUCCUUAACCUGGUCAAGAAGAUCAAGAAGGCCAAGUGUAACGUGCUUUUAAUACAGAAGUCCAUCUUACGCGAUGCCGUCAACGACCUUUCUCUACAUUUCCUUGCUAAACUCAACAUCCUUGCGGUCAAGGAUAUUGAACGAGACGAGGUUGAAUUCAUCUGCAAAUCUACCGGCUGCAAACCGAUUGCGGACAUCGACUCCUUCACGGAGGAUAAGCUCGGAACGGCUGAUCUCGUUGAGGAAUCUCAGUCAAGUGGUGCACGGAUGGUCAAGGUCACGGGUACAAAAUCGGCGGGCAAGACAGUGUCGGUUGUCUGCCGAGGCGCCAAUAGCCUAAUUCUAGACGAGGCUGAGCGUUCGCUCCACGAUGCUCUUUGCGUCAUCCGCUGCCUAGUCAAGAAGAAGGCUCUCAUUGCGGGAGGCGGUGCGCCGGAGAUCGAGAUAGCAGCUCAGCUCUCCAAACAAGCACGCUCGUUGACUGGUACGGAAGCAAUCUGCUGGAAAGCCUUUGCAGAUGCUCUAGAAGUAAUACCUACUACUCUAGCAGAAAACGCCGGAUUGAACAGCAUCAAGGUAGUCACAGAUCUACGACAUCGGCACGAGAUGGGAGAGAAGAACGCAGGGGUCAGCAUCAAGAGCGGCGGUGUCAACUCGAACAUCGCCAAGGAGAACGUGCUGCAGCCUUUAUUGGUGAGCACGAGCGCUAUCGAGCUAGCAGCUGAGACGGUCAAGAUGAUCCUUAGAAUUGACGACAUCGCCUUGACGCGGUAAUAUGGGGUAGGCCAAUCAGAAGGAAAUGUACGUGAAAUGAGAUAACAUAGACAGGAUGUCCACGAACCUCCAAGCUAUAGGUGACGAGUCUACAUCCACAGUAAGACUCGGCCGAGUCAAAUGAAAAUAAUCUCAACAAAUACCAUGAUUUCUAAUCCAAGCCAUACAGAUUCUCAGAUAUUGCUUACAAAGAUGUUAUUCACUCGGCCGGGUGACGCUUUCGGGGCCGAUGUUACGGCUUUAGUUACCUUGCGGGGCAGGAGGGGUUCGGUUUCAAUGCCAAAAUGGCGUCACUUCCGCGACA